CCAAAUUAUAAGUCCCCAACUCUUUCUCUCUCUAAAGUCCGAGCUUCGCACCAUUUCUCUCUGCUUCCGUCUCUCUCUCUCUCUCUAUCUCUUUCUCUCUCUAUAAAAACCCUAAUCACCUUCACCUCUCCGGACCUCAUUCUCCGGCACUACAGUCUAAAACCAAACCCCGAACCCUUUUCUUCUCAUCAUACGACCCGAAAACCCGCGGAUCCGAUCUGGGUCCGCCUCCAUUUUUUUCAUGUGCGAAGCGCAGAGAAGAGAGAGUAGUAGUAGGAGUAGUAAUUGAAGCUUGAGAGAGAGAGAGGGAGAGAGUUUAGGAGUGAGAGGAAAAUAUAGGGGAGAGGAGCAGAAGAAGAAAUGUACAAAAACCAGCUUCAGGAGCUGGCCCAGCGGAGCUGCUUCAACCUGCCUUCCUACACGUGCAUUCGGGAAGGUCCGGACCACGCGCCCAGGUUCAAGGCCACCGUCAACUUUAACGGCGAGAUCUUCGAGAGCCCUCAGUACUGCUCCACUCUCCGCCAGGCCGAGCACUCCGCCGCCGAGGUCGCCCUCAACUCUCUCUCCCACCGUGGCCCCUCUCACUCUCUCGCCGCCAGGAUCCUGGACGAGACGGGGGUUUACAAGAACCUCCUGCAGGAAAUUGCACAAAGAGUUGGAGCCCCAUUGCCACAAUACACAACAUUCAGGUCUGGUCUUGGACACCUACCUGUGUUUACAGGGAUAGUUGAAUUGGCUGGAAUCACAUUCACAGGAGAACCCGCCAAAAAUAAGAAACAAGCGGAGAAAAAUGCAGCUAUGGCAGCUUGGUCAUCUCUAAAACAAUUGGCAAAAGAGGCUGCAAGUUCUUCAUCUGAACCAGAAAACAGUGAUGAGCUGGAACAGAUCACGAUAGCACGAGCUUUAAUGAACUACCGAUUGAAGGAAAAGAGAGCAAUGGCUAACCCUAAUGCUCUCAUACCAUUUCCAAAGAAGUUCCCAAUGCAGAGCCCUAGACCAUCUAGUCCACAACCUCCGCCUGUUACCACAUCAAAGAUCCUCCCCCUAAUCUGCCAGAAGACAGCUCCUCGAAACAGACACCACUUAACAACAGUAAAUGACAGCCACAUGCUGUCACCACAGUCUACCGCUCUGGAAGGUCGUGGGAUCCGUUCUCAGAAGUUCCCUGCGGCAGGUGCUACUCCCUAUGUUCCCAUCCGACAAUUUAGGACACCCUGCCAUGGUAUUGCACAACCUGUGACAAUAAGGACUGCAGUGCCUGUUUACUCUGCCCCACCGUUUCCACAACCAGUGAAGCUAACCUCUCAGGUGAUGCGGGCCUCACCUGUCCAAUGUGCUGCUCCCAUCUCCAUUAGGCAGGCUAUACCUGUAUAUGCUGCUCCACCAGCUCGCAAAGACGAUCCUCCAGUUGUUCAAAAAGAAGAUCCUCCAACUGUUAUUGCACCUACCCUGCCAAGUAAAUUAUCAGCUCAAGUAGAGGAAACGAGGAGCACAACUGCAAGCAACCGACAAGAAUCUGAGACAGUACAAAGCUUCGAACAACUCAAACUCUGAUGAUGGUUAGGGAAGAUUUUGCAUUUGUGGAAAGCUAAGUUAUUGUUUUGUGGUGCUCCGAAGUUUGUCUUGUCUAUCUAUUCUCAUCUGUUAUAUGAGUGUUCUUACUUUAGAUCUCUUUUUUGGUUACCUUUUUCAUCUUUGUUUUGUUAGAAGAUACAGAGCAGGUUAAAUUAGUAUCAGCAGUCUCAUAUCUUUGCCAUUUAUUAGCAGCUGGGUCAGCCUCUUUGCUCAUCUUAUUAUUGCUUGUCCAUGUUAGUUGUAAGAGUGGAAUUGCAAAGGUGAUUAAAAUUUUGCCUUUUUUCUAUGCAAACUUCUUUCUGAGCUCUUGAUGAGUGGGCUUUCAAUCA